ACUUCGCUCCUUUCUCUCUUUCUCAGCGAACAAGCAGCAGAAUCAGUUUCUCUCUCUAAAACUUCUCUCUCCAAAGGUCUCUGUGUUUCCCCUUCAGAACUCUGUGGUUUCUCUCUCUAGGUUUCGCGUGUUUUCUCUCUUUCUCUCGUCUGUGACGAUCUUAGCGUGGAAAGAGGAAAGACAACCUUUUGGAAUAUUAUUCUUAGAGGUAACCAUAAUGGGUCUAUCGGUCAAAUGUAAAGUUCUGCAGAUGUGAAUGGUGUAGUUGCUGGAAACUUCUGUCAAUUUUAUAUGUAUCUGAGUGGGCAUGGGGUCUGCUUGUUGUGUUGCUGCUAGAGAUAGAACAAUAACAAAUGGACCAAGCUGUGAAGUUAUGCAGCAUAGAAAUGUUCGAUAUUCACCAUCAUGGAGCUUCCGAUGGGACAACCGAGGGCGUGUAGCAGGUGAAGUUGAUACUUCUGCUAGUUGGUUUGCUGAUGGCCCGAACAGGAACGGAGGAUUGGAAAACAAAUCCGAAAUAACUUAUGCAUCAGAUGGGGGAAGUCCAUUAGAAAACUUUCAAACGCUUACAUGGCAGAAGUCACCGGUUUCUGAAGGAACUGCUGGGAAUUUGACAACUCCUGCUUCAGAUCAAUCUAUCUCAAGGAAUAUCUCUGUGGAAGUGAGUGUGGAACAUCUGGAGCUUGUUAUUGUGAAGGAAUCAACUGGAUCCCCAGGAGUUUCAGAUCCGUCUCCUGCUAAACUCUCACCCGCUUUGCCUUCACCUUCACCAACUUUGCCUUCACCUUCGUCUUUGUCAACAUCCCCUGUGUCAUCCCAAAGUCAUAUUCUCCCUGCCACCUCAACCCCAUCAAGGUGGUCCAGAGGCUCUCCAGGGCAUCAUUUAUUGCGGCAGGUAUCCGAUAGCCGAAUCCCAGGAUUGAAAUCACCAAACUACUCAAUUUCUGAAGAAAGACCACCGUUUGUGCUCCCUGUAUGGAACAAUGAUUCAAUUAGGGGCUCUUAUGGUGGGUCUUCAGAUGGUUGGUCUAUGCAUGCUUUUUCUGAACUCAUGGCUACUUCCCGUAGAGAAAGGUGGUCUUUUGAUAGUGAAUCUUUGGGCUUCAACCGUGAUAAGAUAACCAGGUCUAGUAGCAGAAUUUCAGCAUCUCCCUCUAUCGAUCUGCAAACUUGUGGUGUUUGCGCAAAGCUCUUGACUGAGAGAUCUUCAUGGGGCGGCCAGAAAAUUAUUGCCAGUAACGAGCUCUCAGUGGUGGCGGUUUUAAUUUGUGGCCAUGUUUACCAUGCGGAGUGCUUGGAGAAUAUGACAGCUGAAAUCAACAAGUAUGACCCAGCUUGCCCGGUUUGUACUUUUGGAGAGAAGCAGACUCUAAAGUUGUCUGAGAAAGCUCUGAAAGCAGAAAUGGAUUUGAAGGCUAAAAACAAGAGAUCAAGGAACAGAGUUGUGGAUAGUGAUCUUGAUGGCGAAACUGUUGUAUUUGAUCAUCGAAAAAGUAGUGGACGUGAAGGUAAAGGACCCAAGCUGGGCUCCAGUUCCAGCAUGAAGAGCUCCUUAGGAAAGCCUUUCUUGAGGCGGCACUUCUCCUUUGGGUCCAAGGGGACUAAAUCCUUCUCAGAGAGUCAUCAAUCUACUAGAAAGAAGGGAUUUUUCUGGGCAAAAUCUAGCAGGGAAUGAGCUUCUUCACAGCUUUUAAGAGAUGCAGCCUGCGAUCACGGCUGGGCACCCGAAUUGUGAAGGGAGCAGGGCGGCACUCAUCACAUAUCCUGUUAAGAAACAUCUGUAUUGGUGGAUCUUCAUAUGUUUCAACCAGCAGUCCUUUAGCUAGUGAAUUUACACUGUAAAGAAAAGAAAGAAAAAGGAGAAAUAUAUAAAAGAACAAUUCAUCAUGUUGAUGGAAGAAGCAAAAAAGGAAAAAAAAAAUAAAAAAAAAUAGUAGAAUGGAAAAGCAUUAUGACACUAGUAUUCUGUUCUUGUUUUGUACAGUUGAAUUUGUUUCUUGCCUCUUGAAACAUACAUGAAUUGAUUCAAAGAAACUCCAUAUGACUACUACCACUAGAGAGCCAAGCUGAGUCUGCCAAGAAACACAUUGCUGAGCCAACUCUCGACUCUAGAGGGCUUUUGAUUUGUCUAUCACAUUAGUUAUCCUUUAAUUUCUUUAGGAAAUUUACUUCCUAUUAUGCUAAAAGGGUGGUGGUGAUUCUGGUGAAUGGGAUUAUGUUUUCUCUAUAAUAGUUUAUAUUGUUCUUCUAUGUUAUAUGACAUGAUAUUGAAAUUUCAAGGUAAGAGAUUUAUUCGGAAUUUGCUCC